GGGAGGCCAUUUUAUUCCACGAAAUUGAACAUAAUUCACAAGAGGAGACACGUUUCACCAUGUGCCCUUAAGUAGUCGAAGUGCAGUUUAUAACAUCAGCGCAGUUGUGGAACAAUGAGGCAUUAACCAACCAUUCUUGUUUUAAAGAGGAUUGUACACCAGGGUAACCAAAAUGAAGAAAGGGUUUUUGGGUAAAAAGAAUCAUUCCCUCUUCGACACCAGCGUCCAAAUGAAGGACGGGGGAAUGGAACGUGUGGAGUUGGGUUUUGACUCGUCAGCAAUACCAGUAACAGGCACAGCUAAAGUUCGAUCAAGGCCCACCGUUAAUUACUUCAACUCGCACACGUCCUCUGACGCCAUACACGGCUUUGCCGUACCGACUCCAAAAGUGCCUGUCCUUCCUCCCCUGAAUGGGCCAAAGACAAAUGGAACAGGAAGCACCCAGCAGCUUCCCAAUGGUGGAAUCUUUGCUGUCCCUGAUGACGAAGAAGGUGAAAUACUUAUCCCUCCACCUCCUUCAGUGGCGCCUCCGGCACCUCCGCCUCAGUUUAUCCCACCCUCGCCAAAGGUUGUCCAUGCUUCAUCUUCAUAUGGAGACUUUGAGGUCCCACCAGAUCUGGCCUCGCUCAGACCACCACCCAUGCCUGCUCCCAAACCUCCGACAGUUUCCCAAUCCCAGGACAUUGACCUUGCUUCUCUAAAGCCCCCAUCAAUGCCCGCUCCAAAGCCCCCAUCUGUGACAUCCAGCACUAGUAGCACCAAAUCUUCGCUGCCUGCAUCCGUAGUGAGUGAUCCUCCAGAUGUUCCUGAAUGCCCAAAGUUCACCCCACCCCCACCACCAGUGGCGAAACAACAGCCUCUUCCAGGGCCCCAGAAGACCCCAAAGGCGCCCCCGCCCAAGCCUGUCCGGAUGUCCUCCAUUCAGAAUCUUGAUGUUGUGUCUCUUUCAUCUUCCACGCCUGCUAUGCCUGUGCCUUCAAGCUUCAAUCCUCAUAACACAGCCAAGGUCUACAGCAUACCAAAGACCACUCUGCUGAGUGGAGGCAUAGACCGAGAAAUGAGACCCAAAUCAAUCCUCCUUUUGGAGGACCCGUCCGGUGACUCUGUCCGGGUCCAUGUCAAUGGCAGUGGCCCCUCGACGCCAAGUCCAGCUCAAACACCAUUACCUCCAGCAAAGCCAGCGCGCAGGGCAAGCUCUGGUGCUCAGCUGGAGCAAGAUUUGAAGGACCUCAAAGAAAAUUUGACAGCCACCUUACCAAGCCAACCCAAAGCUGUGCCUUCAAGUGCACCAAAAACUCAGACACCCCCAAAUCCCAUUCCAACCCCAACAAAACCAGCAGCGACCCCUCCUGCAGCUUCCCCAAAAUUACCAAAAGCGCCAGCUGCUCCUGCUCCACAAGAAACAAGCCAGAUGAAGGAACAGGAGGUCUCCCACGUAAGACCCGUUCAGUAUAGUCCUCUACUGGCCCACAAAUUAAACAGCCUCAAAGGAAGUGAGAGCUCAGGGACGAGUGGAGCUUCCCCCUUGGCCCUACUGAAGGCUGCUAAGGAACGAGAGCGGCAACGUUCAAAUUUGUCCCGUGAGAACAGCGGCAAGAGCAGCCGAUCUGUUGAGCUCCCUACCCAGGCAACUAUUCAGCCCAGCGAAUCAAAAUCCAACUCUUUCACAGUGAUCCCCAAGUCAUCCUCAUCCACGUCGUUAAACUCUCAAGAAAGACUUCCUGCCGUGAAACCUGAUCUCCCUGCUCAGGUAGCUGUUUCUGCACAGCCUAAAGCACCUGUCCAGGUUACUCCACCACAGGUGAGAACCCAUGUUGCUAAGCAAGAACCAAAGCCCCCAGUACUCUCCACAGUGCCAUCCACUUCUCCUAGCAAUGUUGAAAAGAAAGUUCAGCAUACUAAUCCAGCUCCAGCUGUCUCCAGCACCCCAGUUCAGGAUAGCGAGGAGCAGGAGGACUUCAGCAUCCCUUUCAUUCCUCCCCCGCCAGAGUUUGCAAACUCAGAUACUGAAGAUGGAGAGGGUCCCCCAAGCACACCUCCUCCUGAUCCUCCCACAAAGGCAUCAAUACAACCACCACCACCACCUGCAGGGCGACCACCACCACCACCCUCAGGGCCACCACCACCAGCGCCACCUGCAGGGAUACCACCACCAGCGAGACCUACUGGGAUACCACCACCAGCGCCACCUGCAGGGAUACCACCACCAGCGAGACCUACUGGGCCACCACCACCCGCACCACCUGCAGGACCACCACCACCACCAGCGCCACCGAUGAACCCUUCGCCCAUCGCAAAGGGACCUCUCACUGCCCAAAAGCCAAAGCCGCCAGCCACCCCCAGACCCCCAACACAGAGUGAGCUGCAAGCCAAAAUCGCUCAGCAGAGCAAGCCGAAGCCGCCUCCCCAAAAUCUUCCCUCGGCACCUACAUCUGCCAGCCAAGCCACUCUUCUCAGUAUCUUGCAGAAAAAGAUGCUAGAGAUGGAUCCCAAAUUCUCAGCUCCGGCCAAAGAGGCUGACAGCACAGAUGACUGGGGCACCACACAUUCUGAUGAAGAAGAGGACAUUCCGGUUCCACCUAAACCUUCUCCUAAAGCAAAGAGUGGCACACUUCCACCACAGGCAAGUGGAGGCCUAGAUAUGAAGGAGCUUGAGACCAGAAUGGCCCAGAAGAAGGCAGGAAGUUUUGCUGCUGCAUCAAAGCCACCUGCAAGUAAUGGACCAUCCAAGCAGCCUCACGGUAUGACAUUUACAGUACGACCAGGGACCAAACAACCCAUUACUCUAGUCAGUAAAGGAGACUCGUGAAGACUUUCUCUACCAGGACUGCAUCAAAAGGAAAAAAACGAAACGCAGAUACAAGACACACCAGUGCCUUUAUAAUGCUGAAGAUGAUCAACUGAGCACUUUACUCCUUACUUCAGCAUGGGGGGAAAAAGAACACAAGAAUGUGCCUGUCAAUUUUGUUUAGCCUUCAAAUAAUCUACUGUUGAAACAAACAGUAGUACUUUUUUCCCCUUUGUUAUUUAACCUUCUGUGCUUUCAGUGUCAGACAUUCCGGUCCUCUGUUUAAGUUCUAAAGUCCUUGGAGUGUCUGGGCUUGUCUGGGGCAACAGGACUGUUAACUUCAGCAGGCUCUAUAGUCUUAUCACAGUCAGUGAGCUUUGCCUUAUUGUUUUAACCCAUUGAUGAACUAGUGUUUUUUUUUUUUUAUUCGCUGCUGACAAAAUAGUUGUGUGCCGAGUCAGUGUGUUUCUACAAAUGGUACAGAUAAAGAAAUGUUAUAUAUUCCUAUGGACAAAGAUGUGCAAAUGAUCAAGCUGUGUCUUUUGUGCGGAAUACUACAGUUCUCCUCCAUCCUAAAAUAUGGCUAUUUAUAUAUUAAUUUGGAAUUCAUGAAAAUGCCGAUCUAGUUUUGACAUACGUCACUCAUUCCCCAAUGCAGAGGCAUAUAAUCUAACACUUUUUAUUGACAAAGAUGUAAUCUUUGUUUGUUAGUUAAAAACUACCAUACGUCUUAAAUAUGCUGCCAUUAAUAAUGCAGCAUCAUUUAUAUACACGCUCGGAUUUUGAGAGCCUAUAAAAAUGUAAAUAUAUCUUUACAAAACAUGUAAAUAGAUACUUGGAUGUGAAGGUUAAUGGCAUUGCAAGCAUGGAAAAUAUAUAUAUAUAUAUAACAAGGCACUGCAAUGCCCCACUAUGCUUGGCAUGUUAUAAAUAGGCUAUACAUCUUUGGUAUGACUUGUAGACUUAAAAAAUGACUAUUUACUUACAGAAUAAACCUCAGAUUAAAAGGGGACACCAAGUGAACAAUCAAA